CUUCUGUUGUACUUUCAUCUUCGCCAAUGCCCGACAUGGCCUCCGUCUCACACCCCCAGCAGCGACAAUUCAACCCUUAUUCAUCAAAUGGUGGAACAAUCCUCGCCAUCGCAGGCGCAGACUUCACUGUCAUCGCAGGAGACACCAGGCAGAGCGAGGGAUACAGCAUCCAGACGCGUUACGCGCCGAAAGUCUUCCGAUUGACGGAUCGUGCGGUGCUCGCGGUCAACGGCUUCGCUGCUGAUGGCAACAUGUUUGUCAAGAAAGUCAAACAACGCUUGGAGUGGUAUCGCCAUGCCCAUGCCAAAGACAUGCCCCUUCGAGCAAUCGCACGCUUGAUUCAGACAAUGCUCUACGCUCAGCGAUUUUUCCCUUACUACGUUUACAACAUUCUUGGAGGUAUUGAAGACGAUGGUACGGGGGCGGUGUACUCCUUCGAUCCGGUCGGAUCCUAUGAGCGCGAAGCGUGUCGUGCUGCCGGAGCUGCACAAUCGCUUGUACAGCCAUUCCUUGACAAUCAGAUUUACUUUAAGAAUCAGACCGCGGCCCCCGGGACGACGCAUCCUUCACAUCUUCCGUUGCAAGAUGUGGUAUCCAUCGUCAUUGACUCGUUUACAAGCGCAACGGAGCGUCACAUCGAAGUUGGUGAUGGACUCGAGAUGUACAUUGUGCUUGCCAAGGGUCGUGGGGUGCAAGGCUUGGAAGGCGUCCUCGGCGCACAAGAGCUGAGCACAAAGACGGACGGUGAGCGGGUCUUUGUGGUGAGACGAGACCUGAAGAAAGACUAGACCCUGUAAUACAUGCACCUGGACCUUUAGCAAUGGACAUCCCAUCCAUCAUGAUAUUUGUUUCAUUAAUGCAGCCUUUGUCGUUCGCUAGGUCGCUCGAGUACUUUUUAGACAUUGGUAGUCAGAGUAGAGUACGUCACUGACAACGGAAUCAGCCACGUGUCAUCCACGCGAUCGGACCUCGGAGGUCCAACUCC